UUCCGAAGAGAUCCAGUCUCUUUUGUUUCCCUGCGAUCGAGCAAGCACUCGACGAUCAAGGCCAUUCAGCGCACUGAAUUUUGGCCUUCCAGUCGAUAGCCCGGCUAGCCAGUAAUUCCAGAUUUCCAGUUAAAGAUGGGCAAUUCCCUCGACACACCGUGUGGCGCCGCCGCGCAUUACCCCAAGAAUGGCCCGGUCGUGCCGGUGGAGGAGGAGGGCACGAAAACGCCUGCGCCGGUGAAGAAGGUCAAGAUUAGGAUCACGAAGAAGCAGCUGGAGGACCUUCUGCGGCGACUCGAGCAGGAGGACGGUGCCGGAGGCGGCGCCACCGUCGUCUCCGAACUGCUCUGCAUGGCGAGCAGCUGCAAUUUCAGGCACAGGGGGCAGGCCGGGCAGUGGGCGCCGGCGCUGCAGAGCAUACCGGAGUGAAGCAAUCCAUGCCAUGGUACACAUAUCCUGCUGCUAUAUAUGCUAUGCCAAUCUAUUUAAUUGAAGCAAAUAAACCCGGUGUGCAUUUUGAUUAGUGUAGCAAGGUGAGAUGUAGAGAUAGACAUAAUGUACAGUGGAUGUAAAUGGAUGAUUGGUAGCUAGGAGGCCUCUCUCUAGGAGAGCUCCCACCAUUGCUUGCCAUAUAUGUUUGGUUUUGGACACUGGACGUGUACCGGUGUACGUAUAACACACACCGUGUAUUGGGUAUUGGCAUACUAGCAUUACUGGUUAAUUCGGAUCCUCUAUUUUA